AUGCCACUCCUAAUUCAGAACAUCCACAAGGUAGACGAAUUAUCAUUCCCCUACAUCUUCGAACAGCAUGCAACAAUCAAACUACAGUCCGGCGAAGGAUUCAUCCGCUGCAAUGUCUACCGGCCCAAACCUUCCCCUGGUGGAGUCGACCGGUUUCCCGCUAUUGUUACAUAUGGUCCGUACGGGAAAGACAUUCACUACAGAGACUUUCAUCCCGCAUCAUUCUCGGAGGUCAAUCCGCAACACAAGUCUGAGCACUCCGCCUGGGAGACACCGGAUCCUGCGUUCUGGACUGCGCACGGCUAUGUUGUCGUGCGGGCUGACGAACGUGGAACCGGGCAGUCGCCAGGACUCUUGGAUACCAUGUCCCGAGGCACGAGCGAGGCCUUUGUCGAAGUGAUCGAAUGGACCGCCCAGCAGCCAUGGAGUACAGGCAAAGUUGGCCUGUUGGGAAUCUCAUAUUAUGCAGGCAGCCAAUGGAGGGUCGCAGCGCGGAAACCUCGCGGCCUGGCGGCGAUCAUCCCGUGGGAAGGUAUGUCCGAUUACUACCGGGACCGUUGUCGACAUGGAGGGAUCCUGGCGAAUGCUUUCAUCAAGUUCUGGUGGAACCGGCAGGUGGUCACUAAUCAAUACGGCAGGCCGGGCCGAGCAGCAAACAACUGGGGCCCAGAUACGAUCGAGGGCAACUUGACGCCGGAGGAGCUGGAGAAGAAUCGAAAGGAUCAGUGCCAUGACAACGCCACUCACUCAUUUCGAGAAGAACUCUACUACGCGUCGAAGGAGUAUGACCUUGGUGACAUUGAGGUUCCUAUGCUAUCAGUUGGAAAUUGGGGUGGAAUCCUUCUUCAUCUGAGAGGGAACCUGGAAGGAUACGUCUAUGGGGGCUCGGAGUUCAAAUAUCUCCGAAUGAUUACGGGUCGGCAUGAUUUGCCGUUUUACUAUGAAGAAGAAGCCAAGAUCCAGCUAAGUUUUCUGGACGCAUUUCUCAAAGGACAAGACCCAACUGGCUGGUCGAUAAAAGGGAAACUCCCACCUGUCGAUCUCGUCAUUCGCCGGGGCGAUAUGGGAUUCAACAAUGCCGCUGCUGAGAAGCAAUUCACUCGACGAACCGAAAACGAAUGGCCCAUUGCGCGAACCCAAUAUGUGAAAUUUUUCCUGGGCCUGGAUCAAACUCUCACGAGGAACCCUCCAGUCAUUACAUUGCCAAAGAAGAUCUCAUACAAAGCCUUAGGGAGCAUUGAGGACCCACAAUGUGUACAAUUUUCCACCCCCGCGUUCGAAGAAGAGAUCGAGAUCACAGGCUAUGUCACCGCCACACUGAACGUUUCCAUGAGUGCCGAAGUCUCCAAAGCUACCCCUAGGGACAUCGACCUCUUCUUAACUCUCCGCCAUAUCUCGCCAGAAGGGAAGGAGGUGUACUAUACCGGUACCGCAGGCGACCCCGUUCCGCUCACUAAGGGAUGGCUGCGUGUCAGUUUUCGCAAGACCAGUCCGGAUCAUGGGAAACAUCGGCCUUAUUUGCCGUGGCGGGAAUACAUCUCUCAGGAAGUUCAGCCUGUGAUUCCUGGAGAGAUCUAUACCGUUGACGUGGAGAUUUGGCCCACGAAUGUCGUCGUUGAAAAAGGGGCCAAGAUUGUACUUGAGGUCUCGUCUGGAGAUACGCAAGGGAGCGGAAUCUUUCUUCACAAUGACCCUUCUGACAGGAACGAGGAAAAGUUUGCCGGCGUCAACCACAUUUGCUUCAGCCCCAAUCUGUUGAACUGCCUGACGCUACCAAUAAUUCCUCCUAGGGAAAGUUGCACGGACUAA